AUGGGUCAAAACCUCUCCCUAUCCGAACCCUUCGCCGACACCUCCGGCGUCGUCCUCUCCCCCGCCGAUCGCACCGCCGACAUCAUCCUCGGCAUAACCUGGGCGUGUUCGGCCUACGGCAUCGGCGUGAUUUUCGCCGCCGUCAAGCUUCUGGAGCGCUGGGCGGGGGAGCAUGGCGAAAGGGGGGCUAACUUGGUUAGUGUGGUGGGUGCUUUCUUGUGUGGGAGUGCGUGGCCUUUAGUGUUGGUUUAUUUGUGGUUUACGGAGAAGGAGGUGCAAAGAAGGGGAGUAGGGGUGGGGGUUUAUGGACUUGGUCAGGGGCAGGUUGUGAAGGUUUAG